CCCUAGCUUACAUCCGAAAGAGGUGGUGGAGGUUCUGGAGCAGUUCCUGCAGGAGGGACGGAUGUCGGCUCUGCUGUGGGAGGUCUGUCAGCAGCCAGCCCAGGCUGGCUCCCCGGAGCUGCAGGAGGUCCUGCUCAACAGGGUUGUGUGUUUGCCCGACCACGUGAGCAAUAAACUGGAAGGGAAAAACCCACCAGUGUUCUUCCCCCAGAACUACUUCCCUCUUUUGGGUGGUGCAAUUAUCCAGGUGCUGCAGAAGAUUUCGGAUUCUCUGAGAGGUGGCUUGGAUUGCUCAAUCUCUUUUGUUUCUCAUGUCCUGGGGAAGGUAUGCGUUCAUGGAAGACAAAAGGAAAUUCUGGGUGUUCUAGUACCCCGCCUGAUGGAUCUCACCAAGUCAGACUGCAUCUGGCAAAGAAUUUGCUGGCGACUGAUUGAAUGUGUCCCAGACCGCUGGAUGGAGGCAGUGGUCCUUGGUUUUGUGCAGCGAGCACCUGGGGCAGAUGUCCUGUCUAGGUUGCUGGGAAACCUGGUUGUGAAGAACAAGAAAGCUCAGUUUGUGGUGACACAGAAGAUGCUGCUCUUGCAGUAUGGCCACACGACUGCAGUGCUACAGAACCUCCUUGGCUACUUGGCCCUGGAUAGCCUUCGGCGUGCCUUGUUGAUCAAAGUGCUGCAAGAACUGUUGGAGAUGUGGAGCAGCAGCAGUGCUGUGAAACACUCGCCACCUGAGCAGCAGCAGUAUAUCAGCAAGGCCAUACUUAUCUGCCUCUUCCACCUGAAGGAGACUGAAAUCGAGAGCUGCAGACAAGAGCUUCUCACAAGCAUGAUGGAGGGCGUGAAAUGCCACUUGGACAGCAGCCUGCCACAAAUACGGCGUCUGGGCAUGAUUGUGGCGGAGAGCAUUAGUGCAAAAAUAAACACUGAUGGGCCUGUCCUGAAGUUUCAGUAUGAAGAAGAUGAUGAAGUAAGAGAAUUGAAGUCCCUCCUGGUGCAGUCUCCACCGUUCUGUGCUGUCCCCAGCCUUCCAGAUAAAACUGUUGCUGUAUUGGUUUUAAUACUUCUUGUUGAUAAAGCAGACGCUGCAUUACCACUGGUAUUGGAAAGUAAUGAUAAAUCACACACGGCAGCUCCUGCAAUGCCAGAUGAGGAGGUGGAUACUGAGCUUGACAGUGAUGAUGACCUCAUCCCUUACGACAUGUCAGAGGAUAAAGAAGUAAAGAUUAAGGCUCCUGUGUAUAUCCGAGACUGUAUUGAAGUCCUGACAGGAUCGGAAGAUAUGGACAAAUGGGAAGCUACAAUCAAGGCUCUUGAGAGCUUGGUUCGAAAGAAUCCAGAGGCAACAAGAGAGGUUAGUGUGGAGCUGGCAAAGAUAUUAUUGCAUCUGGAGGAGAAGACCUGUAUUGAAGGCUUUGUGGAGCUCCGACAGAGAGCUCAAGUAGCUGUUUUAACCACAGAUCCGAUACCUGUAGCAAAGUACUUGACCUCCCAGUUCUACUCUCUGAACUACAGUCUUCGUCAGCGCAUGGACAUUCUUGAUGUAUUGGUUUUGGCAGCUCAGGAACUGUCCUAUCCCAAAUCUCAUGGGAAGACCAAGCAUUCUGGUGGCCCAAAACCUUGUAUCCAGCUCCUUCCUGGAAGUGACAGCUCUAAGGACUGGAGAAGAAUUGUUGAUGAGAGGAUCAAAAGCAAGACUCGGAGAUUUGCUACGGGUCAGUCUCAAGUGGAACUGGCUUCCAGCCCAAAUGAAUUCAAUUCUGUUGCCGGGCACUUCUUUUUUCCGUUGAUUCAGCACUUUGACAGGCCUCUGACAACAUUUGAUCUCCUGGGGGAGGAUCACUUUGUCCUUGGAAGAUUGGUCCACACUUUAGCAGUCUUGAUGUACUUGGCUGUCAACACCAUGGCAGUUGCUGCAAUGGGAAAGGCACUGCUGGAGUUUGUUUGGGCUCUGCGCUUCCACACUGACUCGUAUGUGCGCCAGGGUCUUCUGUCCUGUAUCUCCUCCUUGCUCAUCAGUGUCCCUGCAGAGCGUCUUCUGGAGGACAUGACGGAAGAGCUUUUGGAGACUCAGUCUUGGCUGGGAGAUGUGGUGGAGAAAGAUCCUGAUGGGGACUGCAGGAGACUGGCCUUGCAGAACUUGCUAUUCAUGGAGAACCUGAAAAAGAAACUCCAAAUUGCCCCUUCCUAACUGGAGGGUAGAAGAAAUUACCUUUCUCUUGUGCUUCUGCCAGCUGGAUGUGUGUAGGCACUGCUGGGGCCUCCAGCAGUCACCUGGCUGGAGGAGAGGAAGAAGGGGGAAGGGUGCAGAGCUGUGAGCCAGCGAACCUGACUUGACAUCUGGACUUUGUAGUGGAGGCCAACUUAGUGAGCUACUGCUAUCCGGUACGGCGUGUACAGAUGCAGGAAGGUAGGCGAGCGCUGCCAUCGUCCGCCCACCCCCACCCCAGUUAUUUAUAACCUUGGCAGGUUUGAGUGCUCUGCUAAAAAUACAGGGAAUAUCUCAUAGCAGGCUUCUUGUCAGAAAAACAGGGG